AGCACGUGAGAAGGGAGUUCAAAGAACACAGUUCUGGAAAAAAUGCACUGUGGUUUGUGUUAAGGAGCUUAGAUUUGUUAGUAGUCUGUCUUGGUGCUGAAAUCUGAAGCAAUAAUGGGUUAUAGGACUAUGGUGAUGUACAUGGAGAUAGGCUGCUUUGUAGUAUGUGUGUGUGGAUGGAUUCUGGUCUGCUCCACAAUGCCAACAGAUAUCUGGACCUGGUCUGAAGUCAGCAACGUGGUCCUGGCAACAUCAAACUACUACUCGAACCUGUGGAAGGACUGCAUAUCUGAUUCAACUGGAGUAUCUGACUGCAAGGGAAUUCCCUCCAUGCUGGCACUGAACUGGGACAUUCACAUGUGCCGGGCUCUUAUCAUCAUCUGUAUUAUCCUGUGUUUCUUCGGAUCAAUUUUGGUCUUAGUUGGAAUGAAGUGCACUAAGAUCGGAGGGUCCGAGCUUGCUAAUGCAAGAGUAACCUUUGCCGGA